GACCGCGGGGGCACUGGGUCAGACAUUGGAUCGUCUGACUGGACAGCGGGCAUCGGGUCACCAGGCAUCAAGUCAUUUGGCUCGACAGCGAGCACCGCGUCAUCUGGCAAGGCAGUGGGCUCCGAGUCAACUGGCAUGACCGCGGGCACUGGGGCAGACAUUGAAUCGUCUGGCUGGACAGCGGGCAUCGGGUCACCAGGCAUCAGGUCAUUUGGCUCGACAGCGGGCACCGCGUCAUCUGGCAAGGCAGUGGGCUCCGAGUCAACAGGCACGACAGUGGGCUCUGAGUCAAUUGGCACGACAGCGGGCACCGGGUCAUCAGGUACCGGAUUGUCUGGCUCGACAGCGGGCAUCGGGUCACCAGGCAUCAGGUCAUUUGGCUCGCCAGCGGGCACCGCGUCAUCUGGCAAGGCAGUGGGCACCGAGUCACCAGGUAUGACAGCGGGCACCGGGUCAUCAGGUACCGGAUUGUCUGGCUCGACAGCGGGCAUCGGGUCACCAGGCAUCAGGUCAUGUGGCUUGCCAGCGGGCACCGCGUCAUCUGGCAAGGCAGUGGGCACCGGGUCACCAGGCAUUGGAUCGUCUGGCUCGACAGCGGGCACUGGAUCAGGUACCGGAUCGUCUGGAUCAACAGCGGGU